AUGUUUUCAUUGAAUACGACCCGACAGGCCCUUCACACCAUACCAAAGUUGGCUAGAGGUUUUGCGACUCCAGCGGCUUCGAAAUCUGUAAAGCCACCGAUAACCCUUCAUGGUAUCGACGGUCGUUAUGCCACAGCUCUAUACACAGCAGCCGUAAAGUCGAACGCACUAGAUAACACUGAAAAUGAACUCAAAAAAGUGAAAUCGGCGAUCGACAAAGAUCCCAAAAUCAGCACGUUCCUCUACGAUCCUUCGCUGAAUCGUAACGAGAAGAAGAAACGCAUUCAAGAAUUGCUCAAGGGAUACGGCGAAACUACCAGGAACUUUUUUAGUUUGUUGGCCGAAAACGAGAGACUCAACGAGACGACAAAGAUUAUAGAUGCAUUUUCAUCAUUAAUGGUCGCUCACCGUAAUGAAAUUCCCGUUACGAUCGUUUCUGCCAAGGAAAUCGACAAUAAGGUUUUGGAAAAACUGACGGCUGCCCUUAACAAGAGCAAAUUUGUUCAGCCGAAACAGAAACUUGUAAUUUCUACCAGAGUUAAUCCUUCAAUUUUAGGUGGCUUGGUUGUAGAGUUCGGGGAUGACAAGACCAUCGAUCUAUCAGUCUCUUCCAAGAUCUCCAAACUUAAUAAGAUAUUGACCGGUAAUAAAGCAUUGAUUUCUUAUCAUGAGAUUAAUCGUUUAUGA